AGAGUGGGUGGGAGAGACAACACACACACACACACACACACACACACACACACACGCCUCUCUAACUCAGCUCAGCAGAUGUGAGAGUCAUCUGAGCUCAACGCCUUCAACAUUAAACACAGGAAAGGGGAAAGAGACGCAACAUAGAGAGAGAAAGAGAGAGAAAGAGAGAGAGAGAGAUUCAUCUACUCCAGUAAAAUGGCUGUUUGGGUAUGUUCCCGCUGUGUUGUUCUUUUUGUCCUGGUCUCCAUCCUGUCUCUCGCUCUGGUCUCCUGCACAGACUCCGGGACCUCCAACUGCUCCACUCCUCGAUUCCGACCUCGCUCGUUCAUUAUCACAUACUCUGGCUGCAAUGCAACACUUACUGGAAAGGAGAAGGAGGAAAUCCAAGCAGCCACCACAGUUCUCCUGGUUCCUCUUCUCUACCUCGUCUCUUUUGUGUUCGGUUUCCCAGCUAACCUUCUGGCAUUGUUUGUUCUUCUCUUCCGCUCAAAAAAGUUUCCAUCCACAAUUCUGUUAGUGAACCUCACCUGCUGCGACCUCCUUCUUCUCCUCAUGCUUCCCUUACGCAUCAUCUACCACUUCCAGGGAAACAACUGGACAUUUGGAGAAGAAACCUGCCGCUUGCUAAUCGCUUUGUUAUAUGGGAACAUGUACGGCUCGGUGAUUUGCCUGGCGCUCAUCGCUGUGGACCGUUACGUGGCUCUGGUGCAUCCGUUUGGCGCUAAGACGCUGCGGAGUUACAAGACGUCCAUAUUGAUGAGCAUGAUGGUGUGGACCGUGGUGGUGAUAGCGGCUGUUCCUUUGCUAGCUUCACGUCAAUCUUACUUCAUAAACAACCUUUCGAUUAUAACAUGCCAUGACGCUCUUCCUGCAAAAGAACAGGAAAACUACUUUCUGCCGUAUUUUGCCUCACUCUUCUUCCUCUGCUUUCUCCUCCCGUUAUUUGUGGUGGUUUUCUGCUACAGCGCUAUACUCCGCACCCUAGUUGCCGCCGGUGCUCGCUACGCCCACGCAACCCGAGUCACAGCACUUAUGCUGGUGGUUUUCAUCAUCUGCUUGCUACCCAGUAACAUUCUCCUGCUUAUGCACUACUCCCAAUUUUUAUACACGCGUAACAGCAUGAAAGAUUAUGAUGAUGCGGAUGCUGAAGAAGUUCAAGGUAGCUAUGACAAUUACAAUCGACUCUACGUACCCUACAUGAUCAGCCUCGCUAUCAGCACCUUUAACAGCUGCAUCGACCCCUUUAUCUUCUACUAUGUCUCCGAGGACUUUAGAGAAAAAGCGAGAAAGCUGCUAUGCUGCUCAAAAACCUUCUACGAAUCUUCUUCUGGAAGCUCCUCAGGGACGAUGAGGUCAAAGGUCACGCUGCUGUCCAUGUCGGGAAAAACUAAAGGACUUUCAAAAAACGGUGUGACAAACUUGUAAAGUGGUCACUUGCAGCUUAAGGGGUGGAGUCACAACGACAACAACUCAGAUAAAAAAAAAAAAUUCCUCACAGGCUUGCUGUUUUUAUCUUAGAUAUUAGAUAAUUUGCUAGCUAGCUGCCAUGCAUUUUAUCUUGUUUGCUUCUUUGCUAGCAUGCCAUGUAGCACCAUAGCUAAUACCAAAUGGCUUUACUAAAUAACUAGCAUGCUAACUCUACAGGUAGAUUACAGUAAUGCCUUAUGGGUAAAUAAUGCUUGACUCAUUCCUUCGUUUUCCAAACUCCCCCCUGAGCUGGUUAAGUAAUGGAACAAUCUAUAAAGGGACCAAGAUGGACUGAACCAAGAGGAAGUGAACAGGGGAAGUGGUUUACUGGAACACAGCCUUGAAAAAUCCACCUGUAGUUUCACAUUUUAGAACAAAUUUGGAACUUGUACUGAAGUGAAGGACGAGCAGAAGGAUAAAAACUUUUAUUUUAACUCAAGCUAACCGGAAUCAGCAGAUAAAUUUUGUAUAACUCAGUGUGUGUGUGUGUGUGUGUGUGUGGGUGUGUGUGUGUGUGUGUGUGUGGGUGUGUGUGUGGGUGUGUGGGUGUGUGUGGGUGUUGAUUCCAUAUAAACAGGAAGAUGUGUGUAUAAAUAACGUAUAAGCAGGAAGAUAUGUGUAUAAACUCAUCUAAAUCUGUAAUUCAGGAAGAGACUGAUGAUACGUUCAUGAAGGAUUAAAAGAAACGUAUGAUGCGUAUUUAGUGUUACAUCACAAAACAUAGCUAAAACUUUACUACUAUAGUACUAUACUUCAGUACUGUAUGGUAUAAAGUGGGUUAAAAAAUGGUCUGCACCAUACCUGUACAUUUGGCUAAAUGAACCUCGUUAGGCUUUUUAAUUAGCACUGUGUAUUUUGGAUGCUGAUCUUCAGGGAUCCAUUUGAGGAAAAGCUUCAACAAAGAUGCCGAACAUUAAAGAAAAAUAAAACAUCUCGUCCCUGUUGUAAACCAUCCUCUUUACAUUACAGUUAUUAUUAAUAUUAUUAGAACUCAUCUUCAAACACAAGCAAACCUUUACUAGCUGACUGUUUCUUUUAGAAAUGUAAAGAUGUUUUUAAAAACUUUCCUAGCUAGGUUUUUUGUCCUGAGCUAAAACAUUUCAAAUUAAAGUAUUUAAAUAUAGCUAUUAUAUCUAGCAACAUUUUUUAUAUUGUUAUUUUUUAGUAAUUCAACUACUGAUACUCUUGUUGUGUUCUGUCAAAUCUGAUCAUAAAGCAAGUGUACAUAAAUAUGUUCUGAUAUGUUAUUGUGUCUAUAGUAACUGCUUAUUCACAGGGGCUGUUUCACUGUUAAUAAACUGUUUUAAAAACGUGUAAUUGUUGAUACGGAGAAGUGUCUGGGAGGAGAAAUGUGUUUAUGUAACGUUUAUGGAAGGAGUCUCCAGUGUAAUAUUUUGUUUUGUUCUCUGUGCUUCUGUACAGUAACGCUGUGGUUCUGUCUCUCAUUAGCAGGUUGUUAAACCAUCCAGAUUAUGUUUAAUGCACACACACACACACACACACACACACACACACACACAUACAGACACAAAGGAAGCCACAUAAUACACUUGAAAAACAAAUAAAUCUGGUGGGUUACUCUCUUCUCUCUAACACACACUGAAAUCCUGUUACAUGUUAAACAUUGAAAUACGAGUAAAAUAUGAAACAUUUAAAAUUAUAUUUAGAGGAUAAGGUAUAAAGUAUAAGGAAAUAUUUAAAGUAUAAGGUGGAAUUUGAGCUGCUGGAGAUGUGGUAAAGAUUGUAUUUUUUUCUUGUAUAUUCUCUGUAUAACAGAUGGAAGUCAAUGUGUAAUAAAAAUAUCAUCAUGC